UGUUUGAAAACAGUAUUUAAUAUUUCAAAGUUGGCAGCACUGAAAUAACGUCGUCAAAAAAGCCGGGAAAUCGCUAGUUCUACUUUGUUAAGACGCUUUUAUAUGGGAGUUUUUCUGGUUUUCCAGAGAUAUUUUUGACUUUUUUAGUGAACUAUAUUCGAGAUGUACUGUUGCCUGUGUAAAUCGUCCGAGCAGGACGAUGUCCUGUAUGGAGAAUUUCUGCGAAAGGGCAAAGUUUCUGUGCACUAUUAUUGUUUGCUACUCACCACGGUGAUGGAGCAAAAUGGAAAAGACGAAGAGGGCAUACGUGGGUUUUUGUUGCCGGAUAUUCUCGAAUGUGCCCAGAAGAAUGCAAACAAGAAAUGCACGUACUGCCGGCAAACUGGAGCCAAUAUAGCCUGCUGCAACAUGAAAUGCUUCAGAUUCUUCCAUACUGUGUGUGGAGCGAAGAAUAAUGCUCGGUACACCUUCCACGACACUUUUCAGUCUUUCUGCCAUCGUCAUAUUGAUUUGCCGGUUGAUGCCCAACCUCAUGAUCCCCAAGAGGCUUGUACGAUUUGCUGCAACGACAUGGGGCAGUAUCAUCCAAUCAAUUCUAUCCGGACUCCUUGCUGUUCGUCUGGAUGGUUCCACAGAAUUUGCCUGGGGCAAUGUGCUCUGUCAGCUGGUUAUUUCUUUCGGUGUCCUCUGUGCAAUGACGAGGAAACCUUCAGGAAUUUUCUCAUCAACCGCAAUGUCUUCAUUCCAGACAGAGACGCCUCUUGGGAAUUAGCUCCACAGGCCUUCUCGGAGCUCGAACGCACGAUAUCUUGCAGUGCUGAUGUCUGCUCUUGUCCCAGAGGACGUACGAUGGAUUCAGGUCAUUGGAAGAUGAGAAUAUGCAGUGUUUGUGGUUCAUGUGGUAUCCACAUGAAUUGCAAUAAAAUAUUCCUUCGUCGAAAAUUCACUUGCAAAGAUUGCGAGCAAAUGCUAUCAGAGAUCAACAAGCAGAAGAUUGGAGAGCCUUCCAGUGGCUACGAAGAGCCUUCAGUUAUUGUCAUUCAGGACUCUCAAAGUGAUGUUUCAGAGAGUCGUGAUAGGCAUGAGAUAAUUGAGAUUUCUGAUUCUCCGUUGCAUGAUAUUACUCAGAGGCGGGUUCUACGGUCCAGGACAAAAUCAUUUUGUCUAGAGCGGGCUAUGGCUGCAGUUCAGGAUGAUUUUAAUAAGGCAGAAGAGAUUGAAUUGAAACCUGAAAAUAAUAAUUGUCCGAAGAGAACUCUUAGACAACGAACUAAGAGUGUUCUUACUCCAGGCUCAUCCACUAGCACAGCUACUCUGAAUUCUAUUUGUAGCGAUAGCCAGAUCCCAGAGACAUCCUUUGUCUCUGAGGCAGGUAACAGUGAGAGCUCCCGUAAGAAGUACACCAGUGAAAGUGACGCAUAUGCCGAAAUUCCAAAAUUGACCCUCAGGAAACGCUCCCGAUCCUUGUACGUCAAGACACCAAGCGAUAUCGAUGAUGACAUUCCUCCAAAAUUGGUGAUCUCAGACAAGAAGGAUUCUAAGGAGGAGAAAACACCUCCGCCGAAGCGUAAGAAAUCAGGGAAAUUUAAGGACGCGAUGAUGAGGGAUAUUUUCGCGGAACCACGUCGUCGAUCUCGAAGAAUCGCGGAUCAGGAUGAGCUUUUUGUUUCAAAAAAGAGACCAGAAAUUGUUCCCAUGGCUCCUUACAUAUCAUUUCUCAACAACCGCAACCGACCAAUUCGGAAGGCAGCGAUUGAUAGUCGCCUGACCACGAUCAAAAUGACGAAAUACUUCAACAGUGACAACUGAUUCCCAUAUGAAAUAUACAGCAUCCUGGAUAUUAAUACAAAUUUGAACAUAAUUUAGGACUUUGUUGAACAAAAGGACUUUCGCCUAAUUCUAAAUUCGAAAAUUAUCUACAAAAAAUACAUGUAAGUCAUAUUCUUUUACAAUUAAAUUUGCUUGAAAAUGAUCCAAAA